AGAUAGACGGGAAGUCGAGAGAACCGACAAAGUUUACGUGAAACACCCCAAAACAUGACCAAGGACAAUAAGAAAAAGCUGCUGGCCCAGCGGCACGUAUACUCGCGGAUGAACUUCCUCUUCCAGGCGUCCAACUUAAUGGCCGAAGGCAACCAAGCAAAACUGGCCGCCUAUUAUGGGAAAGUUUGCCGCAAUGUGGGCACCAAAACCGUGAUGCACAUGGCUCCGGCCUUAAAGCGCUCGCUGUGUCGACGUUGCUCCCUUCCCCUGCUUCCCGGAGUGAAUGCGGAGCUCCAGGUGGCCGGGGAACCCAAGCAUCCCAAAGGGGCGACUCCUCCAGAGGCUUCCUCGAACGGGGAAGCCAAAACCAAGAAGAAACGUCAUCGCAGGCGGCGCAAGAAGCCCGAAAAGAGCGAUGAAACUAAGGAGUCAAGGACAAGCAGUGGACCGCCUGAAACCGAAAGGAUCUGCCUGUUUUUGGAGUGCUCACUUUGCCAGAGCCGGCGAAGCUUUCCUGCGGACAAUCGCGGAGAUUGCUGGCUGGAGCAGCCGCAAUCUGUGGUGCAAGUGGUGUCUCUCCCGGGAGAAAACGGUCAGCGAUAA